CAGAGCAUGGCCAGUGGCGCGGAGCGAGGCCCCAGGGGCGCCGGUUGGGGGCUGCGGGGAGCCCUGGCGGCGGUGGCGCUGCUCUCGGCGCUCAAUGCCGCUGGCACGGUGUUCGCGCUGUGCCAGUGGCGCGGGCUGAGCGCGGCGGUGCGGGCGCUGGAGGAUCAGCAGGGUCGCGAGCAGCGCGAGAACAGCGCCCUGCGCUCCUUCCUGGCUGAGCUGAGUUGCGCGCCGCGCAGGGCACCCGCUCCACCCCCGGACCCUGUAAGCGCCGCGCGCAAUAAGCGCAGUCAUGGCGGGGAGCCCGCGCCGCACAUCCGCGCAGAGAGCCACGACAUGCUGAUGAUGAUGACCUACUCCAUGGUGCCGAUCCGAGUGAUGGUGGAUCUGUGCAACAGCACCAAGGGCAUCUGCCUGACAGGACCACCUGGCCCACCAGGACCUCCGGGAGUUGGUGGCUUACCAGGACACAAUGGAUCAGAUGGACAGCCUGGUCCCCAGGGCCCAAAAGGAGAAAAAGGAGCAACUGGGAAAAGAGGAAAAAUGGGGCUACCUGGAGCUACAGGAACUCCAGGGGAAAAGGGAGACCCUGGUGAGCUGGGUUUGACUGGAAAUGAGGGCCCAGCAGGGCCAAAGGGUGACAAAGGAGACAAAGGGGACGUGUCCAAUGACGUGCUCCCCACAGGUGCCAAAGGUGACCAAGGCCUGCCUGGCCCACCUGGGCCCCCAGGCCCUCCAGGUCCCCCAGGACCCCCCGGAAGUAGAAGAGCUAAAGGCCCGCGGCAGCCAAACAUGUUCAAUGGCCAGUGCCCAGGAGAGACAUGUGCCAUACCAAAUGAUGAUACCUUGGUUGGAAAAGUGGAUGAGAAAGGCGGGGAACACCAUUCUCCACGAGCAGAAUCCAUGAUUGCUUCCAUUGGAAAUCCAACACAAGUACUGAAAGUUACAGAGACAUUUGGGACUUGGAUAAGAGAGUCUGCUAACAAGAGUGAUGAGCGGAUCUGGGUGACUGAACAUUUCUCAGGCAUCAGGGUGAAGGAAUUCAAAGACCAACCCUCCCUGUUGAAUGGCACUUACACUCUCGUGCACCUCCCGUAUUAUUUCCAUGGCUGUGGGCAUGCCGUUCACAACAACUCUCUCUACUACCACAAAGGAGGAUCCAACACCAUAGUGAGAUUUGAAUUUGGCAAAGAAACAUCCCAAACUCUGAAACUUGAAAAUGCCCUGUAUUUUGAUCGAAAAUACCUUUUUGCCAAUUCCAAGACUUACUUCAAUUUAGCUGUGGAUGAAAAGGGCCUUUGGAUUAUCUAUGCCUCAAGUGUGGAUGGCUCAAGCAUUCUUGUCGCUCAGUUGGAUCAGAGAACAUUCUCUGUGGUCCAGCACAUCAACACUACGUACCCCAAGACCAAGGCCGGCAACGCCUUCAUUGCCCGAGGGAUCCUUUAUGUCACGGACACCAAAGAUCUGAGGAUAACGUUUGCCUUUGAUUUGUUAGGAGGGAAACAGAUCAAUGCAAACUUUGAUUUAAGAACUUCCCAGUCUGUUCUUGCCAUGUUAUCCUACAAUAUGAGAGACCAGCAUUUAUAUUCAUGGGAAGAUGGUCAUUUAAUGCUUUAUCCUGUGCGGUUUUUGUCAGCUACAAUAAACCAGUGAUGAGAUGCA